AUGAAGGCCUACUGGUAUGACAAUGUUCCGGGCGACCAGCGCGAACCCCAUGACUCCGGCCGCGCCGUAUCGGAGGAUAAGCUUGCCUCGCUAGGCGUGCUAUACGUGCACUGCCCGACCAUUGAGGCGGUGGAUACCAUUGCGGCGGACCGGGGAUACCGGAAUCGCGACCAAGUGUGUGUCUCCCCUGCUACUAUGGGAGAUAUCUACGAGGAGAAAGUCAAGUCUUUCUUCACUGAGCACUUGCACGAGGACGAGGAGAUUCGGUACAUUCUCGAUGGUGAGGGGUACUUCGAUGUUCGCGGAAAGGACGACGAGUGGAUUCGUAUCUCUCUUGUCAAGGAUGAUAUGAUUAUCUUGCCUGCUGGAAUUUACCAUCGAUUCACUACGAAUGCGCAGAACUACGUCAAGGCUAUGCGUCUCUUCCAAGAUGAGCCCAAGUGGACACCGCUGAACCGUGGUGCGGAUGUUGAUAUCAACCCACAUCGCAAGACAUACCUUGAGACCGUUGCUAGGCCAUCUGCGGCCGUUUGA